AGAUUCUUCUCAGCUGCUCCGGCUGACACGACCGGCGUUCAUUUCACAAAGGUGAGUGUGUGUCUUAGAGAAUACCUCUGGAGUGAAGAAGGCCUGGCGUACUCUGCGAGUCGCCAACAUCAAACCACAAUAGUCAGGUGGCGUUGUUAUGGUACUGUUGCUCACAUUUAGUGCCAAGACCAAUACUUCAAUUUUCCACGUAUUUGGCCUGCUGAAAAUCGCCGAAGGAGGAAAAUUACUUUUCCGAGGUGCCGUUUCCUGAAAGUUGAGAAGAACCGCCAGCUUUAGAGCAGACUUGUGCGUGUUUAGACGCGACUGACCUACACGCGUUUCGCGUCUGCCUGGAGCACAGAGGCUUAUCUGGGUCACACUGGGCCGGCGCCUGCCCCUGACGACCAGUUCUCCGUGAUCGAGCUGGCUGCAACGUCCGCAGGGCUUUUUAGCGCCCACACUCUUGUUGACGGAUUUUGUUCCCAAGCAGCGAAAGUUUCCACAGAAGAAACAUUUGGUUCCAAACACAAAUGAUUCAGUCAGUCUACAGAUUUGUAACCUUCGUUAACAUCUGAAGCUGCAGUCUUCAAUAUUUCAGUCACCUGAAAGCCCUGGCCGAGGACAGAUAGUUGUGCAGACUGAGAGAAGGUACCUUCUGCAACAGUGAGCUACCACACGCUGACAGGACAAUAUCACUACCAUGCCAGCCACUGAGACUCUAGGAAGGAGGUCUGCUAUUCCUUUUCUUUUUACAAGAGGAACUCACUAUGAAGUUGGUUUUGAUGUGGGUCGUACGUUUAGUGGACUCAUACACAGUUACUUGGAUACAUCAGAUGAACUGAAUAAAGUGUUUCUGCCAAUUUACCAAACUCCUGAAGGCAAGAAAAUUUAUGAUGAAACACUGGCCUCAGUUCGUGAGAACUUUCCUCAGUAUGUGAGAGAAAUUGAAGGAACAGCUGAUGGAGCAAAGGUGCCAUUUCAUAAACUCUUUCUCCUUAAUAUGGAUGACGUACUACCAACAGUUGCUGGAUACAAGUCAGCAGAUAAUCCUGAAACAGGAUGUUCUACAGUUUGCUGCAAUCAACCUGGUCAGGAAGUUCUUGGACAUACUGAGGAUGUUCUGGCAGAUGUAAUGAAUCAUAUUUACUUUGUAUCAGCACACAUAAUUUCUGAUUCACCACAAGGUCGUUGGAAAAUUACUGAGGAACAUUUCACAUCUCUCUGCUAUGCAGGCCAUUUACCUGGUUUCACCAUGAGCUACAAUCACCAUGGCCUUGUCUUUAGUGUAAAUAUUAUCAGUGCUAAAAACUGUGUGUCUGGAAAAACACCUCGCUACUUCAUAACACGUGCACUGCUCGCAGCUGAAAAUUUUGUACAAGCACAACAAAUCUUACGAGAUAGUGGCUGUGGUGCAGCAAAUGCUGUGAGCAUCAAUAUGACAUUUUUAAACCAAGAAGGGGAUCGUCUGUUCCACAAUGCUGAAGUAGGACCUGCUGCCAAUGGAGCCACGGAGAGUGCCCUAAGUGUUCUCACUGCUAGCCCUGGAGAGCAUAUAUAUCACUGUAACAAGUUUCUCAGGCUUAAAAUACCUGAAACAGGAGGUAUGAUUAUAGCCAGCAGUGAGCAGCGCCUUUCAACUCUCAACAAUUAUCCUGAUCCAUUAAAUAAGGAUGAUGUAGCAAGAAUGUUGGGUGACAUUUCACACCCAGAAUACAACGUGUUCCAAGACUUGCCAGGGGCACACGUCAAAACAGUAGCUGUCGGUAUAUUUGAUUGUGUUGGAAGAACAUGGAGCAUAUAUGCUGACAAUCCAACAAAAAGUAAUCCAGUUGUCGUGCUUCCACUGUUUUUGAAAUCUACAACAAAAUAGUUCAAGAGAAAUGGAGGGAACAUCUAUCAUCACGUAAUCACCAGAUCACAUCGAUGAGCAUCUGAGUUACCUUUGUUUGAAAAUAAUAUGUUCCUUGUGCACAGUGUAAAUGUUAACCAUUAUGUGAAUAUAUUUUAAAGUAAAAGCAUUAAUAUCAUCAUGCACUUGCAUAUUAGUAAUGAAUGAGGAAAAUUAGAUGAUGGAUUUCAGCUGCAGAAGAUUUUGCAUCUCUAAUUAUUUAAAUUUUCUGUAACUGACGACCACACAUACCAAACCCCCUAUGUGCAUCCACUACUUAUAUUUUUGUGUCACUAACAGAAUAAAAUUUUUUACCAUUAUAAAUGAUGAAAUUUAAGGUUUCAUACAACACAGCUUCAACAGAAUUUUGGAACUCCAGUAUUCAUAUAAAGAUGUAUUUUUAUUGUAUUCACUGUAUGCCAAAAACUAAUUAACUUAGAAGUUUACCACAGAUUAAUUACUAUCAUACAAUGCAGAAUAAACAUUACAUCUAUUUUUAUUGUUAA